UUCCGCCCGGCGCGAUGGAGCCAGGGUCCCGGGCGGCUGCAGCGCUGCUGGCGCUGCUGUGUGCGGGCUGCGCGCUGCGCCCCGCGCGCGCCCAGUACGAGCGCUACAGCUUCCGCAGCUUCCCCCGGGACGAGCUGAUGCCGCUCGAGUCGGCCUACCGGCACGCGCUAGACCAGUACGGCGGCGAGCACUGGGCCGAGAGCGUGGGCUACCUGGAGAUCAGCCUGCGGCUGCACCGCCUGCUGCGCGACAGCGAGGCCUUCUGCCACCGCAACUGCAGCUCGGCUCCCCAGCCCGAGCCGGCCGCGGGCCUCGCCCGCUACCCGGAGCUGCGCCUCUUCGGGGGCCUGCUGCGCCGCGCGCACUGCCUCAAGCGCUGCAAGCAGGGCCUGCCCGCUUUCCGCCAGUCGCAGCCCAGCCGCCAAGUGCUGGCGGAAUUCCAGCGCCGGGAGCCUUACAAGUUCCUGCAGUUCGCCUACUUCAAGGCAAACAAUCUCCCGAAAGCCAUCGCAGCUGCGCAUACCUUUCUUCUGAAGCAUCCUGAUGAUGAGAUGAUGAAGAGGAACAUGGCAUAUUACAAAAGCUUGCCUGGUGCUGAGGAAUACAUUAAGGACUUGGAAACCAAAUCAUAUGAGACCCUGUUCAUCCGAGCAGUUCGAGCAUACAAUGGCGAGAAUUGGAGAACGUCCAUCACAGACAUGGAGCUGGCCCUUCCUGACUUCUUCAAAACCUUUUAUGAAUGUCUUGCAGCCUGUGAGGGUUCCAGGGAGAUCAAGGACUUCAAGGAUUUCUACCUUUCCAUAGCAGAUCAUUAUAUUGAAGUUCUACAAUGCAAAAUACAGUGUGAAGAGAACCUCACACCAGUUAUAGGUGGCUAUCCGGUGGAGAAAUUUGUGGCGACCAUGUAUCACUAUUUGCAGUUUGCUUAUUACAAGUUGAAUGACCUCAAGAACGCUGCCCCCUGUGCUGUCAGCUACCUACUCUUCGACCAGAAUGAUAAGGUCAUGCAGCAGAACCUGGUGUACUACCAGUACCACAGGGACAAAUGGGGCCUUUCUGAUGAGCAUUUCCAGCCCAGACCGGAAGCAGUUCAGUUCUUUAACGUGACUACACUCCAGAAAGAGCUGUAUGACUUCGCUAAGGAAAAUAUAAUGGAUGAUGAUGAGGGAGAAGUUGUGGAAUAUGUGGAUGAUCUCUUGGACUUAGAGGAGACUGCCUAAUCCCCAGGAGCCAAAGACUGCUCUGCAGUGUUCAGGAAAUGUUCUCUAUCCUCCUUUUCCGAAGAGCCCUGGUGCUGAUACCUCAAAGACUGCUCUUUAAAUAGUGUAAGGGAAACCCCCAUCUCUUCCAUUAUGAGUAACCAGGGGCCUGGCCUCCCUGGGUUCAUAUUGGUCUCCCCCUCUUCAUAUCUAUCUUUCCAUCUUCACACUUGUCUCAUGUUCACACCUGUCCUCUGUUUACACCUGUCUCUCAUGUCCGUACAUUCCUUUCUCACUACUGUGGUAGGAAAGACGGUCUUCCAUGGUUUGUUCCCCUCCUCCCCACUGAGAAAAAUCAGUAUUAUUUUUUAAAUAAGGAAAAAAAUACUUUUCAAAGAUGACAAUUGUGAAAUCCUCCUUGGGUCUCUUUGCUUU